AUGCCUUCUUUUGCGGAGCGUCCGCGCUCCUCUCAAGAGGCUCUUCUCCGACUUGAAAAAGGCUCGGGUUCUCCAAUCAGCCAACUCAACGAGGCAGCUCAAAUCAUAGGACUAGAUCUGGCGUUAUGUGCAAGUCAUCCGGAGAUCAACAAAACCACCUACGUCCAAGCUCGCGCCGCUCCGAAGGAAGAAUGGGUCCUCCGAUGGUUAUUAAAGAAGUUGAGGGCGGGGAAGAACUAUCGUGUCGAGCCUGCGUCUUUUCUCCUGUUACGACAACUUAUUGAUCUUAUUCAACCAAAGACAUUAGCGACAACGCUUAAGGACCAGAAAUUUUUGGCGAUCCUCGACCACGCGAUUACCGACUUGGAGGAUGAUGUAUUUGCCGGUCUCGAAAAUGGAAUGACAGAGUUGGGCCACUCGGACUCAGAGUCUAGUAAGACUCUGAGCGAUUCAUCGCCUCAAAGUGAUAAGAAGGGAACGAAAAGAAAGAGGACUGGCGACAGUGAACAGGACGGGAUGGACAUUGACGAACAGCCGCAGACGCCUACGUCGUGCUUCUUGUCCUUCAUUCGUGCCUUAGAUUGCUUGUACAGCUUGGUGAUGCUUGCAAGUCGGACGCUUGAGAUCGAUGAGGUAGCCAGUUCUCAUCUGAAGCAUGCGCUGAAGGGUGAGCCUGAAACGGUUGCUGUAACGUUAGGGAAGUCGUUCAGACUCGCAGCUGUGGCUUCUACGCAAUUUUCCAACGCGCGGAAGACGACAGAUUUGCAACACCUCCUAUAUGUGUUUCCAGCUAUCCUUGAUCUAUGGGAUUUGAGAUCUAACCGUCGUGUGGACACGGAUAGUGGAUCGAGUAAUGAAUCGUUUGCCAAAUAUUGCUUCCAAAGUGCUCUGAGGUUGCAGCACUCUGUGAGAUCUAUUCAGCUUGACACUGACGAAAGGGCCCAAGUCCUGCAUGGAGUUGAGCGCUUGAUCGCCCUCCAUGUGGUUCUUCCAGCGCGGGCCGCCUUUUUUGACAGAGGGGGAUCGGGCAUAGAUUAUUCGGCUAGCGAACCGGACUGGAGUGCUGUGAAACCUGUUUCCGAUACUUUCAGGCCCAUUCUUUGUGAACUCGAGCUCCCCAGUCAGAACACCAGUGGUGACAUUGUCAAGAAGAAAACGUUAUGGAAGACGGCAGAACUUCUGCCCGAGUUCUUCGACAUCGCUUGUCGAUCGGUUCCUAGGGACACCUUCCGAAGACAAACACACGAUGCGCCUUGGUUGGAAACACUGUUCGUUGCAAUUGCCGAGCUAGCAUUUUCUAUCGUGAAAGCUGAGAACACUACUACUUACCUUGCGGAAUUUGUCGGUGUUUUGGAGCGGCUUUUCCGCGUCGCCCUCGACCGGAACGUGCAAUUAUCUUUGCAUACUUUGCUCACUCAUGCAUCCUACACCGGCCUGCACAGAGACGGACUGUCGCAGGUUGAGUGGAGCCUAACCGCCUUAUUGAUUGAGCUUGGGGCCGACAUAUUCUUACCAAAUUCUGGACUCAGUAACUCUACCCAAUUGCUGGAUGCGUUACUUAAAAAGAUUAACCUAUACUGGCGUAGCGGUGCGUCUCAAACAGGUGGCAGUUAUGAGACUAUCAAAAACGGCGUCUUGAUUCCUUUGAUGCGCGCAUUUAUGAGUGCCAGGGAUUUAGCGGCUUUCAUGCAGUUGUGGUAUGAACAACUCAUUGAAGUAGAAGAAGCACGGUCUCAAGACAGUAGCUUAGGCCUUUUCACUGUCUGGGAAGAUGAUGAUCCGCAACGGAGAUCAGGGCCGAGGAUGGCAAGUUUUCCAAGUCCGCCGGAGCGUAUGCUCAGUUUGUCAUCCUGGAAGCUGGUUUGA